AGCCCAGGGUCAUGGAGAGGAAGCCACGCUGGUCCACGCAAGGCCUUCCUGUUUUUUGGCCCCAAAUCCUCAGAGGCAGGGACUCCAGGGCCAAAGUUCCCACACCACCUUCACCUCCAGGGGUUCAGAAACCUGGGGCUCUGAGGCCAGGACACCGUGUGCCAAUGUCCCUGCUGCUCAGAUGGGGAAACUGAGGCACAGGGCUUGCCCGAGGCUUCCCGGAAGGACGAGGCUGCAGGUUUCUUACUCAGGACGUCCGGACUGCACCCCUGCGGGUAGGCGUGUGGCGGGCUGGGUUCCAGAGGGUGUCGCUUCUCGUCACCCCGACCUCGCCAUGCGGACCCCGCGAGCGCCCCCUCCUCGCCCGGCCCCACUGCUCCUACUGCUGCUACUGGGGGAAGCUAAUGGCCUCUUCCCCGAGGAGCUGCCGCCGCUCAGCGUGGCCCCCAGGGACUACCUGAACCACUACCCCGUGUUCGUGGGCGGCGGGCCAGGACGCCUGACCCCAGCAGAGGGUACUGACGACCUCAACAUCCAGCGGGUCCUGCGGGUCAACAGGACGCUGUUCAUCGGGGACAGGGACAACCUGUACCGGGUGGAGCUGGAGCCCCCCACGACCACGGAGCUGCGGUACCAGCGGAAACUGACCUGGCGCUCCAACCCCAGUGACAUCAACGUGUGUCGGAUGAAGGGCAAGCAGGAGGGCGAGUGUCGGAAUUUUGUAAAGGUGCUGCUACUUCGCGACGAAUCCACGCUCUUCGUGUGCGGUUCCAAUGCCUUCAACCCCGUGUGUGCCAACUACAGCAUGGACACACUGCAGCCCCUGGGGGACAAUAUCAGCGGCAUGGCCCGUUGCCCAUACGAUCCCAAACAUGCCAACGUUGCCCUGUUCUCUGAAGGGAUGCUCUUCACGGCCACCGUUACUGACUUCCUAGCCAUCGAUGCCGUCAUCUACCGCAGCCUGGGGGACCGGCCCACUCUGCGUACCGUGAAACACGACUCCAAGUGGUUCAAAGAGCCCUACUUUGUCCAUGCGGUGGAGUGGGGCAGCCACAUCUAUUUCUUCUUCCGGGAGAUCGCGAUGGAGUUUAACUAUCUGGAGAAGGUGGUGGUGUCCCGAGUGGCCCGGGUGUGCAAGAAUGACGUGGGGGGCUCCCCCCGGGUGCUGGAGAAGCAGUGGACGUCCUUCCUGAAGGCGCGGCUCAACUGCUCCGUGCCUGGCGACUCCCAUUUCUACUUCAACGUGCUGCAGGCUGUCACGGGCGUGGUCAGCCUGGGGGGCCGGCCGGUGGUCCUUGCUGUCUUCUCCACCCCCAGCAACAGCAUCCCCGGCUCGGCUGUCUGCGCCUUUGACAUGACGCAGGUAGCUGCCGUGUUUGAAGGCCGCUUCCGUGAGCAGAAGUCCCCCGAGUCCAUCUGGACCCCCGUGCCGGAGGACCAGGUGCCACGGCCCCGACCUGGGUGCUGCGCGGCUCCCGGCAUGCAGUACAAUGCCUCUAGCGCCUUCCCCGAUGAGAUCCUCAACUUUGUCAAGACCCACCCCCUGAUGGACGAAGCGGUGCCCUCUCUGGGCCACGCGCCCUGGAUCGUGCGGACUCUAAUGCGGCACCAGCUGACACGAGUGGCUGUGGACGUGGGCGCCGGCCCCUGGGGCAACCACACCGUCGUCUUCCUGGGUUCCGAGGUGGGCACCGUCCUCAAGUUCCUCAUCUGGCCCAACGCCAGCGCCUCGGGCACCGCUGGGCCCAGUGUCUUCCUAGAGGAGUUCGAGACCUACCGGCCGGACAGGUGUGGACGGUUCAGCAGCGGUGAGGCGGGGCGGCGGCUGUUGAGUCUGGAGCUGGACACGGCCUCGGGUGGCCUGCUGGCAGCCUUCCCCCGCUGCGUGGUCCGCGUGCCCGUGGCCCGCUGCCAGCAGUACUCAGGGUGCAUGAAGAACUGUAUUGGCAGUCAGGACCCCUACUGUGGGUGGGCCCCUGAUGGUUCCUGUGUCUUCCUCAGCCCCGGCACCAGAGGCACCUUUGAGCAGGACGUGUCUGGGGCCAGCACCUCAGGCUUAGGGGACUGUACAGGACUCCUGCGGGCCAGCCUGGCGGAGGAGCGCGCCGGGCUGGUGUCGGUGAACCUGCUGGUGACGUCGUCCGUGGCAGCCUUCGUGGUGGGCGCCGUCGUGUCCGGCUUCAGCGUGGGCUGGUACGUGGGCCUCCGCGAGCGGCGCGAGCUGGCGCGCCGCAAGGACAAGGAGGCCAUCCUGGCGCACGGCGGCGGCGAGGCCGUGCUGAGCGUGAGCCGGCUGGGCGAGCGCAGGGCGGCCGGGGGCCGGGGCGGCGGCGGCGGCGGCGGGGGCGGCGGGGGCGGCGGCGCCGGCGGGCCCCCCGAGGCCCUGCUGGCGCCCCUGAUGCAGAACGGCUGGGCCAAGGCCACGCUGCUGCAGGGCGGCCCCCACGACCUGGACUCGGGGCUGCUGCCCACGCCCGAGCAGACGCCGCUGCCGCAGAAGCGCCUGCCCGCCCCGCACCCCCACGCCCUGGGCGCGCGCGCCUGGGAGCACGGCCACCCGCUGCUCUCGGCGUCCGCGUCCUCCUCCCUGCUGCUGCUGGCGCCGGCCCGCGCCCCCGAGCCGCCGCCCGCGCCCCCCGCGCCCCCAGUGCCCGGAGAGCCGGGCCCCGACGCGCGCCUCUACGCGCGGCCCGGCCGCGCGGCGCACGGCGACUUCCCGCUGACCCCGCACGCCAGCCCGGACCGCCGGCGCGUCGUGUCGGCGCCCACCGGGCCCUCGGACCCGGCCCCCUCCGCCGCCGCCGCCGCCGACGGCCUCCCGCGGCCCUGGAGCCCGCCGCCCACUGGCAGCCUGCGGAGGCCCGGCCCCCACGGCCCGCCGGCCGCCGCCCUGCGCCGCACGCACACGUUCAACAGCGGCGAGGGCCGGCCGGGCGACCGCCACCGCGGCCGCCACGCGCGGCCCGGCACGGACUUGGCCCACCUCCUCUCCUACGGGGGCACGGACAGGACUGCGCCCCCCGUGCCCUAGGCCGGGGCCCCGACGCCUCGGCGGUGCCAGCCACGGGAACCAGGAGCGAGAGGGCCGGCCCAAGCUCUCCAGUGGGUGCUCACGACCCCCGCCCCGCCCCGCCCCGCGUGGGGGCCCCCUCGGCCGCACGGAAGCACAACG